AGCGCCGCUAUAAGCGACUGCUUCCUCUCUCGCUCACUAAGCAGUGUCUGUAAGGACAUGGAGGCAGCCUCUAGAGCCAGGUCAAGCUGUCUGGUUUCACCUGUUACAAACCGAUUUCAAAGUUCGAUCUCGCCGGCGGGACGAUUCUCCUCUUCUUCGCCGGGAUAUUCCUCCACCAAAGCCUUUGCAAGCUCGUCUUCGAGCUUCUCCUCCCCAUCCUCUACCUAUUUGCAUCGCUCUGCCUCCCCAACCCGCGUAAACCUCACCGGAUCUGUUCUUCAGAACCACUCCAUCCGCUUCUCCCUCGAUCGCUCCACCUCCCCUGGCCGGUCUAUCUCCGUAGUCAGCAACCGCGAUCUUGUCGUCCGAGCUUCGAUUUCCUCCUCCGGCAGCCGGAAAACCUGCAUGUGCUCGCCAACCACUCACCCUGGCUCCUUCCGCUGCAGUCUCCACAAAGGCCAGAAACAUAAUCCGUCUGCAGCGGUUUCGUCUCCAUCGAAUCGGUUAAAUGCGCGGCGAUCAGCCAUGACUAAUUCACUUGUCAGGAUCGGCACUGUCGAGGGUGAUUUAGUCAAGAGAGCGCUCUCGGCUCUGAUUCGUCCUUCAUCGCAUCGGCAACGGAGAAGAGCAGACUUCCAGCCGCGUCCUAGUCGGCUCUCCAAGAUGUCUAUGGCCGAUGAUCAAUAAAGCAGAGCAGAUCGUUGAUUCGAGAUUGAUUCAUCCGUUUUUCCCGUUCAGCCGUAAACCUACGUCGACUUUCGUCGUUUGGGUACUUCGGUGCGUUUACUUCGGCGUUAAGUUCUCCUUCGCCGUCAUGUUUGAAUUAAGCGUUUGGCAUCUGGUUUUGUUGAGGUAAGGCGUUCCAUUUUGUUAUCUGUUUAAUUUGUUUGUUCUUUGAUCGGUACGUUGCGUAUUGAUGCAGGAUUGGAGGAUCGACAGCCGACGAUUACUGUGAAACUCUGUCGUUCAUUGUAUCUUCCAAAUGGAUGGCAAUCAAAAUUUUACUGGUGGACAAUGAAAUAA